AUGGACUUGAGGCGGCACAAGAAGUAUUCCUGCAGUACCGUCAGCUCCCUCUACGAGACCCUGAGCGAGGAGAUAAAGCAGGAAGGGGCUGCAGAUGGCCAGGUCCACGAAUGCAAAGACUGUGAAAGGAUGUUCCCAAACAAAUACAGCUUGGAGCAACACAUGAUCAUUCACACGGAAGAAAGGGAGUACAAGUGUGACCAAUGCCCUAAGGCCUUCAACUGGAAAUCGAACCUGAUUCGUCACCAGAUGUCACAUGACAGCGGCAAGCGAUUUGAAUGUGAAAACUGUGUGAAGGUGUUUACUGACCCUAGCAACCUCCAGCGGCACAUCCGGUCUCAGCACGUGGGCGCGCGGGCGCACGCCUGCCCAGACUGCGGGAAAACCUUCGCCACUUCCUCCGGCCUCAAGCAGCACAAGCACAUCCACAGCACUGUCAAACCUUUCAUAUGUGAGGUCUGCCAUAAGUCCUACACGCAGUUCUCCAACCUCUGCCGUCACAAGCGCAUGCACGCCGACUGCCGGACCCAGAUCAAAUGCAAGGAUUGUGGGCAGAUGUUCAGCACCACCUCCUCGCUCAACAAACACCGGCGCUUCUGCGAGGGGAAGAACCAUUAUAACCCCGGGGGCAUCUUUGGACCGGGUUUGCCUCUGACACCCAGCUCCAUGAUGGACAAGUCUAAGCCAUCUCCCGCCCUCAACCACACCAACCUGGGGUUCAACGAUUAUUUCCCCUCCCGGCCGCACCCGGGUGGACUUCCCUUCUCUCCUGCUCCCCCUGCAUUUUCAGCCCUUGCUCCUGGGUUCCCAGGUAUAUUCCCUCCUUCGCUAUACCCCAGGCCCCCUUUGUUACCCCCAACCCCGCUGCUCAAGAAUCCCCUCAACCAUACCCAAGACGCCAAGCUUCCAAGCCCUCUCGGCAACCCGGCUCUCCCUCUGCUGUCCGCCGUCAGCAACAGCGGUCACCCCAACUCAGGAGAAGAGAGGUUCAACAACAGCAGCCACCUGGGGAAUUCCUACGCGGAGAAGCUCAAAGCCAGGACGAGCGACGUCUCCGACGCCAGUGACUUUGAGGACGUCAACACGACCACGGGCACCGAUCUGGAUACCACCACCGGGACGGGGUCCGACCUGGAGAGCGAUGCAGAGAGCGAUCGGGACAAAACGAAAGAGAAGAACAAACAGGCCGAGAACAAGAUGGACUUCAGCAGCAGCUCCAUGUCCACCAGUUCUGCCAACAACCUCAACGAUCUUCCUCUUUUUUACUCCCAGCAUUCCUUCUUCCCUCCCCCAGAGGAGCAGCUGCUCCCCAUGGCGGGUGCCGCCAACGACUCCAUCAAGGCCAUCGCCUCCAUUGCGGAGAAGUACUUUGGGCCGGGCUUCAUGGGCAUGCAGGAGAAGAAAAUGGGCUCCCUCCCGUACCAUUCCAUGUUUCCAUUCCAGUUCCUCCCCAACUUCCCCCAUUCGCUGUACCCGUUCACGGACCGGACCCUCAACCACAGCUUGCUGGUCAAGACCGAACCAAAGUCACCCAGGGACCUUCACAAAAUGGGCAGCACCAGUUCCGAGUCGCCCUUUGACCUGACCACAAAGCCAAAAGAAAUCAAGCCAGCCUUGCCACCCCACAAAAUCCUGCCUGCUCCUCCCUCGGGAGAAGAACAGCCGCUCGAUCUGAGCAUCGGCAACCGCAUCCGGGCCAGUCAAAACGGGAGCCGGGAUUCCCGCAAGAACCAUGUGUAUGGAGAACGGAAGCUGGUGCCCAGUGAUGUCUUACCCAAGAUCUCUCAGGCUCAGAUGCCUCCACAGCCAUCUUUACAUUAUGCUAAGCCAUCGCCAUUUUUCAUGGACCCAAUAUACAGGGUGGAGAAACGGAAGGUGGUGGACUCAGUGGGAGCCCUCAAAGAGAAGUACCUGAGACCUUCCCCACUCCUUUUCCAUCCCCAGAUGUCAGCCAUAGAAACGAUGACAGAAAAACUGGAGAGCUUCGCAGCCCUGAAGACAGACACCGGCGCCUCCUUACAACCUCUCCCGCAUCACCCGUUCAACUUCCGGUCGCCGCCCCCAACUCUGUCGGACCCCAUUUUGCGCAAGGGGAAAGAGCGCUACACGUGCAGGUACUGUGGUAAGAUCUUCCCACGCUCAGCAAAUCUGACAAGACAUCUCCGAACACACACAGGAGAACAACCUUACAGAUGUAAAUACUGUGACAGAUCUUUCAGUAUUUCAUCGAACCUCCAACGCCAUGUUCGAAACAUCCACAACAAGGAGAAGCCAUUCAAAUGCCACCUGUGUAAUCGGUGUUUCGGUCAACAGACCAACCUCGACCGGCAUCUGAAGAAACAUGAACACGAGAGCGUCCCAGUGAGCCAGCACGCCGGCGUCAUCACAAACCACCUGGGGAACAAUGCCGCCUCCCCCACCUCAGAAUCGGACAACCAUGCACUUUUAGACGAGAAGGAAGACUCGUAUUUCUCUGAAAUCAGAAACUUUAUUGCAAAUAGCGAGAUGAACCAAUCGACAGCUUUAGCGGAGAAAAGGCCAGAGGUCCAGACCACGGACGGAAGCUCCCAGUGCCACGGGCUGGCAAACGACAAGGUGGAGGAUGUGGAUGAGGAGGAGGAAGAACUGGAAGAGGAAGAUGAUGACAGCCUGACGGGAAAGUCGCAGGACGAGACGGGGUCGCCGACGACAGAGCCGCAAGGAGGGUAUGAGGACGAGGACGAAGAGGAGGCCACCUCUCUUACCAUGAGCUUUGACCGUACCCGAAGCGAGGAGACUCGAACUCAGCUCUCCUACUGGAGAAAGACCGUACUUAGCCAUGGUGUGUUCACAUGCCAUGGAAACUCCGGGUGA